UUUCUGAUCACCCCCUUAGUAAGAAGCAAUCUAGGAUAUUACGAACAUGGAAUAAUUAAUGCCAGCUAGGAAUUCUAAAUCAUCAGUGAAGUAGAUGAUGAAGACUUCUUCUACGAGGAGAGGCUCCAUUAGAUACCUUAUUUAGACCACUAUUGUUGUCUUAAGAUCUCGUGAUCAAAAUAUAUACUCCUUUCUGUUCGUAUCCUUGAUUAUGCUAGUAUAAAAUUUGCCAAACAUGAAAGAAAACAUAUCAUAGGAACAUGGCCAACAGUUUAGCCUUUGUACUUACGCUGACACUUUUCUGUGGGUUGGCAGUUGGCAGCAGUAGAACAAAGUUGUUUUCAGACAAAAGUCAAAAUGGCAUGGCUGCUGCAUUGGCCCCAUCAGUCGGUGAUGGCGUUUGUGCAUCAAUGAUUGAGCCACAAGAUUAUAUCUGCGAAGAACACACGGUGACAACAGAAGAUGGCUAUAUUCUCAGCUUGCAGAGAAUCCCAGUAGGGCGAUCCGGCGGGACUCGAGGAAACAGACCCCCAGUUCUGUUGCAGCAUGGACUACUAAUGGAUGGAAUUACCUGGCUGCUGCUACCUCCAGAUCAAUCUUUGGCAUUCCUCUUGGCUGAUAAUGGCUUUGAUGUAUGGAUUGCUAACACUCGGGGAACCAAAUAUAGUCGCGGCCAUGUGUCCCUCAGUCCAGACGACUCAGCUUAUUGGGAUUGGACUUGGGAUGAGCUGGUCACAUACGAUCUUCCAGCUACCUUCCAGUAUGUUCAUCAUCAAGCAGGACAAAACCUGCACUAUGUUGGACAUUCACUGGGAACUUUGAUUGCUCUAGCUGCCUUUUCAAAGAGCCAGCUGGUGAAUUCAUUGAGGUCAGCCGCCUUACUUUGUCCAAUUGCUUAUGUUGGUCAGAUGUCCUCUCCGCUUGCAAGAAAUGCUGCCAAAGAUUUUCUUGCUGAGGCCUUACACUGGUUGGGUCUCAAUGAAUUUGAUCCAAGAGGGGAAGCUGUUGUAAAAUUGCUUAAGAUCAUCUGCAACAAACCAGGUGUUGACUGCACCGACUUGUUAACUUCUUUCACAGGCCAGAAUUGCUGCCUGAAUUCUUCCAUAGUGGAUGUGUUUCUCAGCCACGAGCCUCAAUCAACAGCAACAAAGAACAUGAUCCAUAUCUCUCAGAUGAUCAGAGAAGGAACCAUUGCAAUGUACGAUUACGACGACGACGAGAAGAACAGAGAACACUACGGGCAGACAAGUCCUCCAGUGUACAAUAUGACAAGCAUUCCAAAUGACCUCCCUCUCUUCCUCUGCUAUGGAGGAGCAGAUGCUCUUUCUGAUAUUAAUGACGUGCAACUCUUGCUCGAUAGUCUGAAAGAUCAUGAUGGAGAUAAGCUUGUAAAGCAGUACAGAGUUGACUAUGCUCAUGCAGAUUAUGUUAUGUCUGCAAAUGCUAAGCAGGAUGUGUAUGAUCCUCUCAUAGCCUUCUUUAGACUUCAGUAAGAAUUUCUCUGGUCAUAGAGAGAAAAAAAAGAAAAAGGGGGGGCGGGGGUCAAUUUGUCAUUUCAUUACAUGGUUGCCUUUUUCUCUGGGUGUAAUCAGAAUUUAAAUUUGUUCAGUUUGGAUUCU